CCCGACUCCCCCGCCGCUUCCGCCGCGAGCCGGCUCAAGCACGACCCCGACCGCGCCUUCUCCUUCUUCCGCCACCUCGACUCCUCCGCCUUCCCCCUCGACCCUUUCGCCUAUGCCUCCUUCAUCUCCGUCCUCUCCCCCUCCGCCUCCCGCUCCCGCCUCGACUUCGUCUUCUCCCGCGUCGUCGCCUCGGGGGCCCCCGUUCCUUCGCUGCUCGAUUCUCUCGCUCUGCUCGGCGGGCCCCCUCUCCUCCUCCGCUCCGUCGAUUUCCUCGUCAGGGCCUUCGUUCGGGCCGGGCUCUACGACGGCGCGAUCGAUACCCUGUUCGGGUUCAAGAGGGGCGGCCUCCUCCCCCGCGUCUCCACCUGUAAUUUCCUCCUCGACAGCUUGAUCGAGAGCGGCAAUCCCGCCGCCGCCGUUACCCUGUACGAGAUGUUGAAGCUGCUCGAUUUUGUUCCCGACGACUACACGGGUACCAUCUUGAUCAAGGCGCUUUGCAGCACCGGCGACUUGGACAGAGCCGCCCGAGUGUUGUUCGAGGACAUGGUCCGAGCCGGCGUGACCCCUAGUAGCUUCACUUACACUGCCUACCUCAAAGGCCUCUGCGCCCACCGCGGCUCUCGUUUGGCUUAUCAGGCUCUCGUCGGUUGGCGGGAUGCCGGGAUCUCCCUGAGUAACCACGCCUAUUCUGCAGUCCUCCGCGGUUUUUGCGCCGAAAAGAAGUUGGAAGAAGCAGAGCAAGUCCUCCUCGAUAUGGAAGAGCACGGCAUUGUCCCUGAUGACUACUGCUAUGCCGCCUUAAUUCAUGGCCACCGCAAGAGUUCCAACGUGCGGAGGGCCUUGGAAAUCUGCGAUGAUUUGCUAUCCAAAGGUAAGAAGCCCAACUGCUUCAUCAUUAGCAUCGUUCUCCAGUGCUUUUGUGAUAUGGGAAUGCUUGAUGAAGCAGCGCAUCAGUUUAAUGAGUUCAAACGUAUGGGUAUUUUUCUGGACAAGGUUACAUACAGUAUCCUUGUUGGUGCUCUGUGCAAGCAAGGCAGAAUGGAAGAGGCCGUAAAUUUACUUGAAGAGAUGAAGGACAAGGGGUUGGAUCUUGAUGUCAGACACUACACAACUUUAAUCGAUGGCUACUGCCUCCAGCGGGACUUUGACCAUGCCUUGAAUCUGCUCAAGCAGAUGAUUGAGGAAGGGAUUCAGCCCGAUAUCGUCACUUACAAUGUACUUGCCCACGGAUAUUCUCGGGCAGGACUUGUAUAUGAGGUGCACGAGCUUCUAAGACAUAUGGACGCUUGCGGUGUGAAACCAAACGUUGUCACACACAACGUGAUAAUUGAGGGCUUAUGUAUUUCAGGUAAUGUGGAGGAGGCUGAAGUGUUUUUCUCUAGCCUGCAAGAGAAGAGCAUAGAAAAUAAAGUUGCCAUGUUCAAGGGGUAUUGCCAAGCCAACCAUUCAGGAAAGGCAUUUAAAUUUUUCAUGGAGUUAUCGGAAGCAGAAAAAAGGUCCAUAAAGAUAAAUUCCUGCAUCAAAUUGCUAGCUAACCUUUUUGUCGAAGGUGAUCAUGUCACGGCUCGUGAAUUACUCAACAACAUGUCGGAUCUGAACAUGGAACCGACUCGAGUGAUGUAUGGAAUUUUGAUGGCUACUCUUUGCAAAGCUGGCGAUAUGAGAAAUGCACAGUGGCUGUUUGUUAGAUCAGUGGAGAAGGGAACAACCCCUGAUGUUGUCAGUUAUACAUUAAUGAUGGAUGGAUACUUUCAUGCAAAUUGCUUGUCAAAAGUGCAUGAUCUUUUCCGUGAAAUGAAGAAUAGAGGGGUCGAGCCUGAUGUAAUCACUUAUACAGUGUUGCUUGAUGGUUACUCAAAAGUUGAGCUUUGGAGGAAACAUUCCCUGCGUGGUAGAAACAAAGCAAAGAAAGUAACCGUGGAUUCGGAAGUAAAUAAUGUCAUCAAAAGCCUUUUGCUGCAGAUGAAAGACAAGAAAAUAGCACUUGAUGUAAAAUGUUAUACGGUUUUGAUUGACCGGCAUUGUAAGCUUGGCAACAUUGAGGAAGCCGAGGAUUUAUUGAGGAAAAUGAUUGAAAGUGGGCUUCAGCCAGAUGUGGUAACUUACACAUCUCUUAUAUCUGGUUGCUAUAGUUGGGGAAACAUGGAAAGGGCUAAAUGUCUUUAUAAAGAAAUGUUGUUAAAGCAAAUAGCACUUGAUUUAAAAUGUUAUACAGUUUUGAUUGACAGGCAUUGUAAGCUUGGCAAUGUUGAGGAAGCCGAGGAUUUAUUGAGGAAAAUGAUUGAAAGUGGGCUUCAGCCAGAUGGGAUCACUCACACAUCUCUUAUAUCUGGCUGCUAUAGUAGGGGAAACAUGGAAAGGGCCAAAUAUCUUUUAUAAAGAAAUGUUGUUCGGGAGAAUAGAACCUGAUAUGCGGUCUAUUUUAGUGUCUGCUUAACUUGAAGCCUGAAAGAUGCAGAUAUCGAGGCGAGUAAGUGACGAAAUCAAAGAGAUACUCAGUGCUAAUCUCAUAGCGCUUAAGGUAAAAUAUGGUACAUAUAGAGUAUCUGUUCUUGUGACAACGUAUCUGUUCUUGUGUCUGUUGUCAAAGCAAACAAUUACGAGUGGAUUAUGGAUUUCGCAGCUGCCAAGAGCAAUAGUAGAGUGUCUUUCCUUUAAAGGGUAAAGAUAGGCGGAUUGACACAUCCAAGCAGGCAGGGAAUACUUAGUGCUUGAAAUAUGAAUGCUAUGAGCCUUGGGUGAGAGAGCAGGUCUGGGAGGCCCAGAUAUUGCAUAAUGUUAAAGCAGUAAAAACCCAUAAGAGCUGUAAACAAGGGAGAUAGGCACAAAAGGGGUGCAUUCUGGGGAUGUUUAACUUAAAGAAAGGUUGAUCUCCUAACUUGACUAAAAAAGAAUGGGCGUACUCUCUGCCCCCAGCAAAAGCAAAGGACUUCGUUGGAAUAAUAAAAACCUCAACUUGAUCAAAGAACUGAAACCCACAAUGAAUGGGUUUCCUGCUGUUACCAAUUGAGAAGGCUUAGCCUCUGAAGGACAGAGAACGCACCAAGUGAGAAAGAUGUGCUAUGACUUCUGAAUAGAGCGCAGAGAAUUUUGGCAUAUUCGUGAAAAUGCUGGAUAUCUCUGCAACUUGUUGACGAAGGAAUUUUUGGAAAUUUCAAACCAGUGGGCUGCUUGCGAAAUUAGUGGGUCAAGAGUUGGAAAGUAGCGUGUUUUGGAUGGUCACUGAAUUUUUGUGUUAAAGUUGGCGAGGUAACAGUCCUCGUACAUGUAAUUGACCUACAUGUCUCAUUUGUACACUUGCACUUGCUUAUCAAGCAUAUGUGCACUCUUUGCUUCUCUGCCCAUGUUCUCGAGAAUUUUCUCCUGGCUUCGCGAGGAACUUGGAGUUGGAGGAAUGGAUUGCCUGUACAAAUGUUUAUGACCGGUUGUGUGAUCUGGUAUAAAUCACUAUGGUAGGAAAAUACACAGAACCCUCAGAUUCUCAUCUCUCUGUCUUGAAGGUUUUUUCACUUGAAAUCUGUGAGGGUUCUUUUUUACUAUUGAUGAAAUCAGUAUGAAUGGCUGCUGGCAACAGAGAAGGUUUCUGUAUAACGCUACCAUUUAUGCUUUGGUGUUGGCGGUUUUGAUAGAUUGAAUCCAAGAGCCUUUGACGUUGUUGGUCUGUAGAUGCGCAAAGAUUUCUGUGACUAUUUGCACUAUUUGCUUUUUCA